AUGGCCAUCUUCACGGAGAACCAGGGCAAUAUCUCUGAGUUCGUUCUUCUGGGGCUUUCCAAUGACAAAUCCACACAGAUGUUUUGCCUCCUGCUCCUCUUCCUCUGCUUCGUGGCUCUGUUAGUAGGCAACAUCCUGAUACUUAUUUCUAUUCUGUGUAGCUCUCUUUCUCACCAGCCAAUGUAUUAUUUCCUCCUACACUUGUCUUUCAUGGAUAUCUGCUACACAUCUACUGUCAUGCCCAAGCUUAUCAGCAGCCUGCUGGCAGGAACUAAAACCAUUUCCUACAGUUACUGCAUGCUGCAGGUCUUCACCAUGCACUUCUUCGGCUGCACUGAGAUCCUCAUUAUCACAGCCAUGGCCUUUGAUCGCUAUGUUGCCAUCUGCAAGCCCCUCCACUACAUGGUCAUCAUGAACAGGACCAAGUCUCAUCUACUAAUUUUAGCUGCUUGGGCUGGUGGUGCUGGCCACUCCUUUCCUCAGUUAGCUAUGACAAUCCAGUUGCCUUUUUGUGGCCCUAAUGAACUUGAUCACUACUUUUGUGAUAUUUUUCAUUUGCUAAAAAUUGCAUGUGUUGACACCUACAUCAUGGGUGUUCUUGUGGUUGCCAACUCAGGGAUCAUAACAUUAGUAGUAUUUAACAUUUUGUGCAUUUCUUAUGCCAUUAUAUUAUUUACUUUGAGAAAUCACUCAACUGAGGGAAGACGCAAAGCCCUCUCUACCUGUGGUUCUCAUAUCACUGUAGUAACUUUAUCUUUUGGACCUGCAAUCUUUUCCUACCUUAGACCUCCUACUGCUUUGCCUGAGGAUAAAGUCAUUGCUUUGUUUUAUACCAUCAUUGCUCCUAUGUUCAACCCCCUCAUCUAUACUCUGAGAAAUGCAGAGAUGAAAAAUGCUAUAAGGAAAGUGUGGUGUCAUACUCUGUUUUUAAUGGAUGCAUAG